GGGGACAAAGUCCAGACAGCUCCGGGCCAGGGUAAAGCUGCAGGGACCGAGCUCGGAGUGGGUGACAGCAGAAAAACAGCGUGGGGACAUCAAAGGGAGCCUGGGCAGUGCCAGCUCCUCCUCCUCCUCUUCCUCCUCCUCCUCCUCCCGAUUCUCCCCCAGCUCAGGGGAUUGUGCAGACGAUCCCCAAAAGGCCUGAGGCAGGGAGGUGUCCCUGAUUCCCUGGAGAGGAAAGGUUUUGUAAAAUGGGGAAGCAGCAGCUGGCACUGUGUAUGGAGUUUGGAGUUCUACACUGAAGAACUGCAGCAUUAUAAAUGUAUGGAAAAGAUAAAAGCCAAAAUCCCAAGAAAGCAUCACAAACCCCACCCAGCCUGGCCUCGGACACUUCCAGGGAUGGAGCAACCACUUCCAUAAAGCAGCAGCACCACAACCUGUGCCCCAGCACCGCCCUGCCCUGCCUCACCCAGCGGUGCCACGGAGCCUGGCACCUCCAAACCACCACCCCUGUGCCCUUUGCUGCCCCAGCCCCGAUCCCAGCAGCAGCACCAGCCACCUGCACCCCUCAGGGCUCCCAAACCCAGCCACAGCUCCGGGACCACGCAGGUGGCACAGAUCCAGCCCGGCCCCUGCAGAUGUUCAGGGUUUUUGGGGAUGCUGUGACAAUUCUCGUCCCCAGAGUCACAUCAGCGGGCAGGAAAAUCUUACAGCACGGUGAGAAACACAAGCAGGACGCUGUGCCUCGCGUCUGGCUCUGAGAAAUUUUCCCCUGAGUCCUGCCCGGGUGGAAUUGCUGCAGCCGGAGCCGGUCUGGGAUGGCUCGAGGAGCCUCGUCAGGGAAAUAAAUCACCGCGCGGGAUCAUAAAAGUCAUCAAACGGCAACCUGGGGUGAACCGAGCCGCAGAUGGAGGGCAGGGCGCGGGCGCUCGGGAAAUGAGAGUUUUCCCAGGCCAGGCUCCAUUCCCUGGCGUGCUCCGGAGCAGGGCGGGACGGCGGCGGCCGGCGCGGGGCUGGAGCGGGCGGCCGAGCCCGGAGCGGCGGAGAGCGGGGCCCGGAGCGCCGGGAAGGGGCAGCGGAUGUCCCUGCCGAGCCCUGCAUGGCCCCAGCGGGACGAGCCCUCUCCCUGCGGCACCACCGGGGGCCUCCCCCCGGCCUCGUCCGACAGCGACUCCGGCUGUGCCCUGGAAGAGUACCCGGAGCCCCCCGAGGUCCCGCCGUGCUUCGGGCCCCCGCCGGGCUCUCCCUCGGAGCGGAGCCGGCUCCGCGCCAGAGCCCUCCUGCAGCAGCUGCCGCCCCAGGACUGCGAUGAGCGGUACUGCCCCGGCCUCGCCGAGGAGGAGCGGCGCCAGCUCCGCGCCUUCAGCGCCCGCCGCAGACAGGAGGCUCAGGGACAGGGCCUGGCGUGUCCCGUGCCGGGUCCCUGCCACGGCUGUCCCUGCAGGAAGUGCGGCCGGAGGCUGAACAAAGGCGACCCGGGGAUUUCAGCGUCUCGCCUGGGCGACCACUUCUGGCACCCGUCCUGCUUCUCCUGCCACUUCUGCCACCAGCAGCUGGUGGAUCUCAUCUACUUCCAGCAGGAUGGGAGGAUCUACUGCGGCCGGCACCACGCCGAGCUCUUCCGACCCCGCUGCGCCUCCUGCGACCAGCUGAUCUUCAUGGAGGAGUGCAUCGAGGCCGAGGGCCGGCGCUGGCACCCGGAGCACUUCUGCUGCCUGGAGUGCGACGAGCCCCUGCGCGGCCAGCGCUACGUCAUGCGCAGCGGCCGGCCCUGCUGCCGGGGCUGCUUCGAGAGCCUCUUCGCCGAGCCCUGCCAGGCCUGCGGGGACCCCAUCGGCGCCGACAGCGAGCAGGUCACGCACCAGGGGCUGCACUGGCACGCCCGAGCCGCCUGCUUCUGCUGCAGCCUGUGCCGGGCCCCGCUGCGGGGCCAGCCCCUCACCUGCCGCCGCGGCCGCCUCUUCUGCUCCGACACCUGCGGCCGCGGCCAGGACGCCUCUUCCACCGCCUCCGACUCCUCCGACUCGGCGUUCGCCUCCGCGCCGUCCCCCGACUGCACGGCCCUGCCCCGAGCCGCGGGGGGCUGCAGGCAGCGCGGGGAAGGGGAGGAGGCGUUUUCGGAUCAGGCCCCAGUGCACCCCGCGUUCAGGAGCCCCGAGGAUCUCGGAGCCGCCGCACGGGAGCAGAGCAGCGACGCUGCCAAGGAGCACCCAGGGGUGCUGGCACCCCCAGCCGGCCACCCCUCGGCCCCCCAGCCUGGGCCCAACGAGCCCAGAGCCUCGGGCCACCCGCUUUUGGGGGCCCCUGAACCCCGAAGAGCUGCAGGCAGUGGAAAUGCACAGCUCCAAGCGGGCACCUCCGCUCCCCGACACAGCCCCCGGGCAGAGGAUGGCACGGAGGAGGACGACUCCUGGUGUCCCACCUGCUCCUCAUCUUCGGACUCAGACUCGGAGGAGGAGGGUUUCUUUUUCGGGAAGCCCAUCCCCAAGCCCGGGAUGAAUUCCCUGGGCAGGGAGCCCCCAGGGAGGGGCAGGGGCAGGACGGCCAAGCACUGCAGCGUGUCCUAACGGCGGGUCUGGGCUCCCCGAGUGGCACUGCCAGGUCCUGCCACGGCCCCAGCGCAUUCCAAGCACAUCCUGGAGGCGGCCCAAGGCUGGUGGGAGAAGCUGCUGGGAUCCCUGCCCCCGGCAGCUGCUGGCAGAGCAGAACCUGCAGCUCCUGCCGUGAUUAGGAACGGGUAAAGCAGGACGGGAGCGGGGCCGGGCCGGCCUCGGAGAGCGGCUGAGCUGCAGACAAGGGCAGCUGCCUGCACCCCCCCACUGCUGGGGACCACCGGGGCUCCUUCCCUGGACUGCUCUGUGCCCCAGUGCCACCCCUGUCCAUCCCUGGUGGCACCGUGUCCUGCUGCCACCACGGGGCGCGGCUCUGCUGCCGCCGGUGACGAAGCUGCAAUAAAGUCUGGCUGAAAUCUGA